GCCAAAAUUCAAACUGCUGUGCUGCCUGUGCUUUAGACGCGACGGUGAAUUUCUGUUCACAGAUCUGAUCCGGUUGAUUUUUCAGAACGACAAGACAAGGACAUAUGAUUAACUGAGAACUGGCGUAAUAUGAAGACUGCCAGUGGCCACGACAAUCCUGUCGCUGUGAUAUGAACAGAAUGAGGGAGAGUCCCAGGAGGCCCAUAAUCCUCAAGAGGAGGAAACUGCCAUUUCAGAGAAAUGGACUUGGUGGACACAUUGAGGCGUGUGAUGGGCCACGGACCAAGGCUGCCCCACCGCCAAGCGCGCAGUCCUUUCCUCACGGUAUUUGCAUCAUGGACCAUCCUACUAUGCCUGACACACAGGUAGUGGUCAUUCCAAAGACUGCUGAUCUUCAAAGUGUCAUUGGUGCACUGACUGCCAAAGGGAAGGAGUGUGGCCCACAGGGGCCAAACAAGUUCAUUUUACUGAGUGGAAGCAGUAGUCUGGAGGAUGGAGCCAAUCCUUUCUUCAGUGCCUCAUCAGAGGCUGGACAAACCUCAUGCAAAAGCAGCCAGACUCUUGCUGUUGGUCCUGAGGGAGGUGUAACCACAGACAUUGUGGUGGAUUCUAGUAAACCUAUGAAAAAAGAAGCAGACUGCAGUCCUUUAGACACCAGCCUGACAAAUAUCCAGUGGCUGGGGAGAAUGAGCACAGAUGUCCUAGACCCUAAGUUGGAAAGGAAAGAUUCCAAUAAGGAGAAUCCACAGCUUCAGCAGCCAAAGCAUGCUGAUGAAGAAGUGGGUGCUGUUAAAAACCCUCUGUCAGAAAGACCACCUUACUCUUACAUGGCCAUGAUCCAGUUUGCUAUUAACAGCAAGAAAACAAGGAGAAUGACUCUGAAGGAAAUCUAUAAUUGGAUAGAAGAUCACUUCCCAUACUUUCGGAAUGUGGCAAAACCAGGUUGGAAGAAUUCCAUUCGGCAUAACCUCUCUCUGCAUGAUAUGUUUGUCCGGGAGACCACACCAGAUGGCAAAAUCUCCUACUGGACAAUUCGACCAGAGGCAAAUCGUUGUCUUACUUUAGACCAGGUUUAUAAGCCUGUGGUUGACCCAGCGGCCUCCCCUUACCCUCAGACUGUGCAGGUCUGUGACCCACAACAACAGAAGCGAGCUGUGCCUGAUCAGAAGAGACUUGCACCAGCUGGUAGCACAGAGAGGAAGAUGAAGCCUCUCCUGCCUCGUACAGACUCAUAUUUGGUACCCAUCCAGCUUCCUCUGACUCCUUCGCUUUUCCUGCCCUCCUCAGCACCACUCCCUCUAUCCACUCCGCAGCACGACACCAUCUCCUCCACUGCCAGCUCCAUUGGAGGAGGGAAGAGGGUCCGCAUAGCCCCUAAGGUUCCAUCGAGUGAUUCCAGUUCAGUGAAGUCUUGUGCUCUAACCCCAGACAAGAUAAAGGAAGAGCCCAUGUGUGUUCCUAUCAACUCUGAGCCCCCUAAGGCUCUGCUGGGCAGUGGCAGACGAAGGGAGGCCAGCAGCUCUCGUCGUAAACAGCGACUGGUCCUGCCAUCCAAUGAGGAGCCUGUCCUGCUUUUCUCUGACAGCACUUUCUUUGACUCUGGUGUGGUAUCAGACAACUCCGCCUGCCAGGAUACACGUGACGCUGAGCAAGAGUCCCAGAAGCUUCACCCUGAACCACAGCCUGAAAGCCCCACCCGGGGUUACACAUUCAAAACUCCCAUCAAAAGCAGCCACCCAGCUUCCUCCACACCCAGUAAGCCACCCACAGCUCUUGAACCCUGGAGGAUUACGCCGCUGGGUAAAAGCAGCCAAGAGGUGCUAGACUUCAGCCCCAUCCGCACGCCCAGUGGCCCACUGCACACUCCACAGCGGCAUGAGCACAUUACCUUCAGUUUAAACAGCACACCCUUCAAAGAGCUGCCGCUUUUCAGCUCCCCCCGUGAGCUCCUCACUUGCAGCCGGCCCUCACCGCUCCAUAACAUGCCCAGCUGCUCCCGCCAGCUCCAAGUGGGGGCUGCCAACCGCUCUCUUACUGAGGGUCUGGUGUUGGACACCAUGAACGAUAGUCUGAGUAAGAUCCUUGUGGACAUCAGCUUCUCUGCCCUGGAGGACGACGACCUGGGCAUGGCCAAUAUCAGCUGGUCGCAGCUCAUUCCUGAGCUGAAAUAAUCUUGCUCUGGUGUUUCUUAUCUGAUAUAUUUCUUUUUUCCAAGCUGCUCACACUCUGUCUUCCAUUUCUUAAUGUGACUUUUACUAAAUGUAGACAAGUUUCAUGCCUUUUGUUGCAACACUUUUUCUUUGUACCCGCUGAUUUCCACUCUUUAAAAAUACUGAUGUCAUAAAGGGUUCUUUGGAGUGAUGCUAUAGAAGAGCCACUUUGGCUCCCUUAAGGACCUUUUGAAUUUAGAGGUUCUUUAAGGACCUUUCGGUUCCAUGGUUCUUAAAAAAGCUCAGUAUAAAGAUUCUUUAGGGCACAUGUUCUCAUGUUUUUCCACAUCAAGGUCCACCUAUUUAUUACUGAAAGCAAUUCAUUUUUGGGGAAUUUACCACAGCAACAUUGGUGCCACAAUGUGUGAUGAGCAUUAUUAAAUAUAAAAUGUUAACAUAUUAGGCUGACUGAAGCUGGUAUUGUACCUGGAAUCACUUAGAACUGUGGAAAUUUAAGUGAAUUGUCAUAUAGAAAUUUAAAUUAAUUGCCAUAAAGUGGCAUCACCAGCCCACUCAGGACCACUCUCUUCUAAAUAUCUUCUGUAGUAUCAAGUUAAAAUUGCUUUUUGCCACAGUUGUUUUUAAAGAGUGUAUAUCGUCACCUCUUAACGUUUCACACUGCUUCUAAAAGUGGGGAGCGAGCAAAACUGUCGAAGGAAUGUACUUAGAAUUAAAUUUGCACAAUUUGUAAUAUGUAUUUAGCGGUUUAUAAAGAAAAGUGAGUACACAGAUUUAACAUAAUCCAGUGAGACACUACUACUAAGUGAAAUACCUGAACUGAAGCUGAUACAAUGUAGCUGUAAUUAAAGGACACCGCAAAAACAGAAAAAUAAAUUCAUCUGUAAACAUCCUCA